AUGGUUGGACAAAUUUUGAGUAGGAGGGGACUGAUCCUCGUCUGCCUUACUUUCGUGGCAAUCCUAUUGAUUUUUUCAACGAGGAGCAAACGUAUUGUACGGGAGGCCUCCCAAGCGAGCUUCUCGGCCCCCCCGCCACUCCCGGAGUUCGACUAUACCGAAAAGGAUCGGGAGUCUCUGCAGUACGUGCCCCCGGAUGUUGUGCGUGCGUGGAGGGAACGAAAUUUCCUCGUCAUGCUCGGUGUAUUGUCGCCCGAUAAUGCCGUGAGACGACGCAGGCGCCAUCUUCAGCGUUUGACCUGCUGGCAAUACCAAGGCGUCGCGAGGAGGAGUAAUAACUUUACUGGAGAUUUGCUCGUUACCUUUGUUCUCGCGCGCCAUCCAGAUCAUAACUACACGCAUUCGCCCCAGUUAGUGGAGGAGGGGUUGCGUUGGCAAGAUAUCAUCGCUCUCCCAAUCAAGGAGGGCCGUGUAAGUACGAACAAGGUAAUUGGACAGGACGGCAGGUACUGGGGCCCCGAUGCUGAGAUCGGUAUGAGUCGUAAAAUGUACAAGUGGUUUAGUCUGAUGCUGCGGCUCCUCCCUAAUGUUAAUUAUGUUGCCAAGUCGGAUGACGACAUGUUUGUGCACACCCCGCAGUACCUUGCUGACCUUCGUGCUCUACCACGUCGCCGUUUAUAUUGGGGGAACAUUGUUAACGCACGCUUCAUGCCUUUGUUGUUCGCAACUGGGGGUCUUUACACCGCUUCGAGAGAGGUGAUAGAACAAUUCCUGACAUACGAACCCCUAAAGAAACUUGUCGACGUGCCGUACAGCAAAGAGCGGGAGGAUGAAUUUACCUCCCUGUACAUGCAACACGAAGACUUACUUAUGGGGCGUGUACUCUACGAAAUGGGUUACCAGCCCUUGUUCGUCGGCGAGCCAAUGUGCCGUUUUCAUAACCUUCACGGAAAGGGUUGGGUGGGGCCUCUUAGUCACAGUUCAUUGAUGAUUCACAAUGUUAAGGAGGAGGAGUAUGCGCAGUUGCGUGAGUACUUCGGUGAGAAAAAGCAGUACAGACCUUCGCGCUUCAAGGUUCGUAGAGGACGGUUAUACGCAACAUGCGGCAAGCGGUGA